AUGAAGCCAAAUGAUUACUCCCUAUAUGUUGUCGGGGUUGAUCUCAUGAACGCCAUUGCGAUGGAUAAGGUUGAAAUGAUGGAAGAAAAUUCGAAGGCCAUGCAUUCUAAUUUCAUCAAGAAGAGCUGCUCCCUGGACAAGAUGCAAGAAGAGCUCAUUUGCCUCAGAGAAUCCUUGGACCGUCAGAGGAAACAGGACAAAGAUAGAAGUACUGAAAUAAACUGUUUGCAAAGCUUGUUAGCUCAAGAAAAUUCUGAAAAGGAAAAGUUGCAAUCCACCCUUUACAAUAUUAAGCGGUAUUUCCCUUCCUUGCAGCCCGUGUCGAGGUUCCUAGGUGAAGCACAGUCUCUUUGUGUUGGAGCAGGCAUUCUCAUUGACAAAGUUGCGCUCUUAAUUGGUUCUAAGCUCCCCAUAUCCAAGAGUUUGAUUCAGUGGCCAUAUGUUGCUUCUGAUGAAGAUUUGAUAACAGAGGGAGUUGCAGAUCACAAGAAAUUGAUCAAGAGGGCCAAUCUUUCCAUCAAUCAUGACAAGGCAACCAUGCAAGCAUCAAUAACGCUUAAUUCUUUGAGGAUUUUGGUUCCAGAUAUCAAGCGGUGUAUGGAGAGAUUUGUGAACCUUGACCUAUCUUUGCCUUUUCCUACAAACGACUCUAUUUUGGGCAUUGAGAAAGUUGUGAGCCAAAUCGAGCACCUGCAACAAGAUCAAACUUUCCUACAGUGCCUCAGUAGCCCUAUUUCAGUGGAUGAAUUCGAGCAAAUUUUACACCCCCUAGCUCAACUCUAUGCACUUCUGAAGAUGGUCCAUGAAGAACUGCCUUUGCCGGCUGAAACUCCUCUAUUUGUGGAAACAGGACAACGCAUAUGCUACAAGAAUGUUUGUUGUUCUUUCAGUCCAGGAUUCUAUGUUAUGAGAGUAGAGCCUUUAAAGUUUAAGCAACCCCCAUGCUGCAAGUUUACAACCAAGGUUACCCAAUUAUUGCAGCAGGCAAUGGAGACGAUGGAAAAUCUCUCUUUUGACUCUAAAAACGAUCUUUUAUCUAGUCAGGGAAUGGAGAGAGAGGAAAAAGAAUCUGUUCAUGCUCCAAAUAUGUCAUAUGACUUUCAUGGGAAAGUGGCUGACAUGAAGAGAACAGGGAGAUGGAAAGCGUCACUUUUCCUUCUAGUGAACAAGGUGGCGGAGAGGCUAGCAUACUAUUCUAUUACUGCCAACAUGUUCUCCUACUUGGUAUAUGAGAUGCAUGACAGCAUACCCCAUGCUGCUAAUUUUGUUACAAACUGGAUAGGUGCUUCCUUUGUCCUUACGUUUCUUGGAGCCUUCGUUGCUGAUGCAUACUGGGGACAUUACAAAACCAUUUUUGCUUUCUCUUGUAUCUAUGCUGUGGGGACGAUUCUUCUGCUGUUAAAUGCAUCCAUAAGCUUUUUCAGGCCACCCGAAUGCACUGCCAAAUGUGAGCCGGCCUCCAAAGCUCAGAUUGCUGUCUUGUACUUUGCUCUGUACAGCAUUGCAAUCGGCACAGGGGGAAUCAAACCUUGUGUCUCCUCCUUUGGAGCAAAUCAGUUUGAUGAAACCGAUGACAAAGAAAGAAGAGGAAGAUAUUCCUUCUUCAACUGGUUUUACUUUAGCAUUAACACUGGUCAACUGCUGGGCAUAACAGUGAUGGUGUAUGUUCAGAACAGGUAUGGAUGGAUGUGGGGAUUUGGUAUUCCUACAGGAGCCACAUUGGUUUCUAUACUUGCUUUUGUGUGUGGAACUCCUUAUUACAGAUUCAGGAAUCCUACUGGAAGUCCCUUCACAAGAUUUGCUCAGGUGUUGGUUGCUUCUGCAAGGAAGGGGAAUAUGAAGGUCGAUGAGAACACUACUUUGUAUGAAGUGAAGGGCACUGCAUCUGCUAUUCCAGGAAUUCGGAAGCUCGCUCAUACUCCUGAGUACAGGUUUCUUGACAAAGCAGCAAUACUUACAGAUUAUGACUACAUAGAACUGGAAAAGAGUUGUUGGAGUCUGUGUACUGUUACACAAGUUGAAGAAUUGAAGGCACUACUGCGAGUCUUGCCAGUGUGGGUAUCCACCAUUGCAUUGACAAUCUCCUUCGCACAACUCUCUACUUAUUUUGUUGCCCAAGGAAAGACACUAAGGCGAGAACUCUCCUCCAAUUUCAGCAUCCCACCGCCUUCAUUAGCAACUUUUUCCACCCUCAGUGCAAUUUUAAUUAUCCCUUUCUAUGACUGGAUCUUGGUUCCCACACUCAGGAAAUUCACCAGAAUUGAACGUGGGAUUACGUCCUUGCAAAGAAUUGGCACUGGCCUUUUCAUUUCGAUCAUAGCUAUGACUUGUGCAGCAGUCAUAGAAAAAAGGAGGCUGGAAAAGGCAGAAGAUAUCAGAGCCCUGGAUUUGCACGAAGGCACCCUGCCCAUGUCUGUUAUGUGGCUUGUGCCACAGUUUUUUCUGAUGGGAACUGCUGAAGUCUAUACUUAUGUAGGGCAAAUGGAGUUUUUCUUUGACGAAGCUACAGAUGGGACAAGGAGUUUGAGCAGCUCACUUUUUCUAAGCGCAUUUGGUAUUGGAAGUUGGCUGAGCACCAUGAUUGUAAAUAUUAUUGAGAAUCGUACAGGUGGAAAGGAAAAUGGUUGGCUCAGAAAUGAUUUAAAUAGGAGCCGUCUGGAUUUAUUUUACUGGCUCUUGGCAGGAAUAAAUAUGGUUAAUUUUUUCAUAUUUCUGGUGGCUGCUAAAUAUCAAAGUUACUCUCGUUUUACCUCUAAUGCAGGGGCAGAUGAAGUGAACAGUUUUCCUGUGUAA